GCCAAAAGGGGUAAAAUUAUUUUCUCUCUUCUCCCAUUUUUGCCUUUCCUUUUCUCUUUUUUCACAUUUUGCUUGUGUCAUAUCCUAUUACAAGUCUUGAACUGGCAAUGAAAAUCGUUACCUUUUUCUUGAUUUUGUUACGAUUUAAUUUGUUUUCUGAAUUAUAAAUAUCGUACUACUGAUUUGACAUUGUUCUUUUCCUUCUGAAAACAUUUAACAAAAUGAAAGUGAAAUGGACAUGGAGAAUCCUGACUAGUUUGAAGUUUAGGUGAUUGAUUGAUUAAUUAAUUUCAUGAAGUUUUUGGGACUUGAAAUGAGCUUGAAGAAAGCUGUAGAUCCAAAUAUGUUCUUGGCUAUGGUCAAUGUUUGUUUUAUAAAUGAACUCUGUGUUUCUGUGUAGUGGACAGUAUUCGAUGAAUGAUGUUUUGAUCUAGGCUUGCGGGUAUAAGAUCUUUUGGAUCCAAAUAUAUUUAUCUUGGAUGAACUUACAUGCGUGAACAAGGUUAAUAGAUCCAUGUGCUUGUCUGUUUUCAGUUUCAUUUGUUUAUGAAAUAUACUAAUUAAAGUAGUUGACCGUUGGUAAAUGAAUUUAACAUUGGCGUUGAUACUUGAAUGAACUUCUGAUCUUUGCUUGUUAGUACUAAUUGUUUAAUCCAAAUGGGUACAGAAGGCCCUGCACUUAAUAGCUUUUAUUUUCGUUUGGUCCAUUAUUGAGGUAUUAUAAUCUGAGACCUGCCUGAAUCCUGAUCAUGAUAUUCCAGAGCUAUAUCUGAAAUGUUGCAUCUUUCUUUACUUUCCUUUGGUGAUCAUCUUCAAGUUGGCAGUGAAGACUAUGUUUGAGCUUGCACAUAAUCGCCAAUGUUGUAGCAUUCUGUUAUGAUAUAUGAAUGACUUAAAUUCUUUGGAGGUGGCAUACAAUAUUUGUUUAUUGAUUUUCCUUGUCAUAACCAUGGGAUCUUACCUGAACUUCAAGAACUUCGCUGACACAUCACAACCAGAGAGCAGUGGGACUAAUAAUUUUUCAUUGGCCAGACAAUCUACCAUAUACUCCUUUACCUUUGAUGAGCUGCAAAGUACAUGUGGACUUGGAAAAGAUUUUGGAUCGAUGAAUAUGGAUGACUUCUUAAAGAAUAUUGAAGGGGAAAAUUUGCAGAGACAGGGUUCUUUGACACUGCCUAGGACACUUAGUCAGAAAACUAUAGAUGAAGUAUGGAAAGACUUUCAGAAAGAGAGUGUUAAUGCUAAUGAUGUAAGUGAGACUGGAGGAUCAAACUUUGGGCAGAGGGAAUCUACCUUGGGAGAAAUGACAUUAGAAGAGUUUUUGGUUAGAGCAGGGGCGGUGAGAGAAGAUAUGCAACCAACUGGAUACUCAAAUGAUGUUACAUUAACUACUACUAGUGGUUUCAUUCAACCUAGUAGUAAUGUGACCAUAAAAUUUCUUCAAGCAACCCAAAACCCUGGACAUCAAAUUGCAGGGACUAACAUAUUCAAUGUGGUCAGUACUACAUCUUUACCGCAGCAGCCCCUUUUCCCCAAACAAACAACUGUGGAAUUUGCAUCACCCAUGCAAUUAGGGACAAGGGCUCCCAUGCCAAAUCCGUCUGCAAAUACUAAUAGUAUCAUGCAGGGUGGUGUUAUGAGCAUGCCAGUAAAAGGAGUAUCCCCUGGAAAUCUAGAUACAUCUUCUCUUUCACUUUCACCGUAUGCAUGUGGUGAAGGUGGAAGAGGAAGGAGAUCAUGUACCUCUAUUGAAAAAGUUGUUGAGAGAAGGCGUAAGAGGAUGAUAAAGAACAGAGAGUCUGCUGCCAGAUCAAGGGAUCGGAAGCAGGCAUAUACUUUGGAGUUGGAAGCUGAAGUGGCAAAGCUGAAAGAAAUUAAGCAACAGUUGCAGAAGAAUCAGGCUGAAUUUAUUGAGAAGCAGAAAAAUCAGUUGUUAGAAAAGAUGAAUAUGCCAUGGGAAAAUAAACUAAUAUGCUUGAGAAGGACAGUGACUGGACCUUGGUAGUCAAAUAUGGAAGUAGAAGAGCAAAUUUCUGAGUAGACGCUUGGAGAAUUGGUUGACAGGAGAUUGAAGUGUAUCUUAUUCUUCCUCCUUUUAUGUUUAUGCUCAACUCAGUUAAAUUGGUUCGGAAUUCCAGAGAAUGUGCUUGCUCCUCUGCCUUCCUCUCAGCUUAUGAAUUGAAAUAUGUCCUAAUUUAGAUCUUCUCGUCCAGGAUAGAUAACUUUAUGUUUAGUACAGAACAGGUGUGCCGGGUACUGUACAUUAUGUAAACAAUAUUCUUACAUAAAGUUUCGUCGUGUGCUUUUUGGUUUGCUUCA